AACUUCCGGUCUCCUCUGUCUUUAGGUGAGCGUGCUCAAAAUCCCCCUCGACCCCGGCUGCAUCGGCGACUCCGCGACCCCACCGCCGGCCUCCGCCCUCUUCGCACCGGCGACCUCCCCUCCUCUCCCUUCCCUUCCCUUCCCUUCCCCCAUAUCGAGAAGGGAGGCCAUGGUGCUCCCGACACGGUUGGAUCCAGACCAAGCCCGUGGGGUUCCAGCUCGACCUCCUCGCAGCGACCACGGCGGCGGGAUCCGCGGAUCCAUGGCCACGGCGGUGCGAGCGCGCAGACGCAGCCUUGAGAAGGGAGGAGGCAGGGCGGCCAUGGCGUUCCCGCCGCAGCCGGGUCACUGGCUCCACCUCCACCACGAGCUCCUCGCAGUUGUCAGUGACGACGGCGGCUCCGAACCCUAGCGGACGCUCCUGCUCGUCUUCCUCCACACCUCUGCUCGUGCCCGUCUUCCUCGGCGCCAUAUUCAGCACCUACAAGAACGCAGCUUCCUCUCCCGCGACAGGGGAUGGAACUUGUCAAAUCUUGGUCUGAAGGGAAUGUUAUCUCCUGACAUUGGGCAGCUUACUAAUAUGCGUUUUCUUGUACUGCACAGGAACUUGUUCUAUGGUAUUAUCCCUAGAGAGAUGGGAGAUUUACGAGAGCUGAAGGUGUUGGAUCUGGGGUACAAUAACUUCAAUGGAUCAAUUCCAUCAGAGCUAAUAAACAUGUUAUCCCUGGAAUUUAUACUUUAUGGUGAUUUACCUCUUGAACUAAAUGAGCUCAUCAGUCUGUGUGAGUCUCAGGUUCGCCACGGCAGGACUUUCUCAAAUAGGAUGCCCGCUGCAAGAUUUUUCAUUCUAGGUUGUGGAAAAACGGAUGUAGCAUUCCUUCUACAAGUUGUGAUGAGCUGGGACACAGAAGAAGAGAGCCGACAAGAAGUUGCACAGCGGUUCGCUCUGGUGUCGCUGCCAAUGGCGUUGCGCAAAGUGCAGACUGCAGGCUAGAUGCGUACGAGUCCGUCCCUACGUCCACGAUGUCGAAGCAUAGGAAAUCAAGUCAAUUAGAUAGUAUAUCUGGUUAUGAAAGUUGUCUUUUGUGUACGCAGUUUUGCCAUUAUUUUGUAAAAGCUUUGAGUUUUUGAUAAUGUAAUUGUCUUACUAAUAACACAUUUAAUCAAUUCGUGCAAGGCUAAUAGCCAAGUUAUGCACAAAUUGUUCAUGUUUCCUUGAUGACUGCUAUUGUCAGAAGAUUUUUUUCAGCAUUUAAGUAAUACCGAUCCCACUUUCAGUUAUGUAUGCAAAGGCCAGUAGAAAGGUAAUGACUGCUCCUUGCUGGUCGGAUAUUUCCUAUUUCCAGGCUUUAUCUCAUUCUACUUUUCGCACCAUGCUGAUUUGUGAAUGAGAACCUACAUGAUCAUCCACCCUGAUUUGUAAUUCGUAGUCACAUCCAGACACUCAGGUAUGCAAUAUGGUUUUGCUCUUUUUGUGUGAUUGUCAGCAUUCCCCGCUGUUUCUUACAAUCAGAGAAAAAC